UUCUCCCGCAAACACGCAGUCUCUUUCUAACCACUCUCUUUAACCUUUUCGGGCUGGAUUUGAAAGGAGUUCGUCUGCAAGCUGCAUCUGACAGCCCGACAGACAGACUCUAUCUAGACUUCCCUCAGCUCUCAGAUUCUUCUCUUGAAUCCUCAGAAAUGGCCCCUUUAUUUUGAAAAUGAGUUUAAAAUAAAACUUUCGGUAGCUAGUCCAGCGGCUGAGAGGGCAGCUCUGCUGCAGAUGGGGUGGCCUUAGCAUCUGAGCGCGCUGCCCUAGUCUCUCCCUGACCCUCUUCGGUGGAAAAGGGGGCGGAGAAGAGAGAGAAGAAGGGGCGGAGGUCACCCACGCCUUCCAUCCUGCCCUGGCUUCCAGCAUCGCUAGGUGCUCGGGAUCAGAGGGGCUGAGCGCAGCCAGCAAAUCUCCGGCGAGAGGAUCCACCGCGCAGAGGGUACGAGCGGCGGGACUCAAGUGGGUGCUGGAGCAGGAGCGCCGCGCUGUGCUCUUGGAACCUGCGGCGGCGGUGGCUGUGAGAGGCUGAACUCACCAUGGUGCACCGAGCUAAGCGCUCUGGGGCUCCCGCGAUAGCCCUGCUGGCCGCCCAGAAUACCGAGAUGUCUGGACUGCAAACCUGCACAGUUUUGAGAGAGAGAUGACUUGAGGAGCCAGCUGUUAUCUCCACAACAAUGUCCAUGAACAAUUCAAAACAACCAGUGUCUCCUGCAGCUGGGCUCCUUUCAAAUACAACCUGCCAGACAGAAAACCGGCUUUCAGUGUUUUUUUCAAUAAUCUUCAUGACAGUGGGAAUCUUGUCAAACAGCCUUGCCAUUGCCAUUCUCAUGAAGGCAUAUCAGAGGUUUAGACAGAAGUCCAAGGCAUCAUUUCUGCUUUUGGCUAGUGGCCUGGUAAUCACAGACUUCUUUGGUCAUCUCAUCAAUGGAACUAUAGCAGUAUUUGUAUAUGCAUCUGAUAAAGACUGGAUCCGCUUUGAUCAAUCAAAUGUUCUUUGCAGUGUUUUUGGUAUCUCCAUGGUAUUCUCUGGUUUGUGCCCACUUUUUCUAGGCAGUGUGAUGGCGAUUGAGAGGUGUAUCGGAGUCACCAAACCAAUAUUUCAUUCUACAAAAAUUACAUCCAAACAUGUGAAAAUGAUGUUGAGUGGCGUGUGCUUGUUCGCUGUUUUUAUAGCUUUGCUGCCUAUUCUUGGGCAUCGAGACUAUAAAAUUCAAGCAUCAAGGACUUGGUGUUUCUACAAUACUGAACACAUCGAAGACUGGGAAGAUAGAUUUUAUCUUCUACUUUUUUCUUUUCUGGGGCUCUUGGCCCUUGGUGUUUCCUUCUUGUGCAAUGCCAUUACAGGAAUUACACUUUUAAGAGUUAAAUUUAAAAGUCAACAGCACAGACAAGGCAGGUCUCAUCAUUUUGAAAUGGUCAUCCAGCUCCUGGCUAUAAUGUGUGUCUCCUGUAUUUGCUGGAGUCCAUUUCUGGUAACAAUGGCCAACAUUGGCAUAAAUGGAAAUAAUUCUCUGGAGACCUGUGAAACAACGCUCUUUGCUCUCCGAAUGGCAACAUGGAAUCAAAUCUUAGAUCCCUGGGUAUAUAUUCUUCUCCGGAAGGCUGUCCUUAAGAAUCUCUUCAAGCUUGCCAGACGCUGCUGUGGAGUGCAUGUCAUCAGCUUACAUAUUUGGGAGCUUAGCUCUAUUAAAAAUUCCUUAAAGGUUGCUGCUAUUUCUGAGUCACCAGUUGCAGAAAAAAAUCAGCAAGCACCGACUUUAGUGGUACAGUAAGUCAGUGUAGGACUAGAACGCGAUUAAGAAAAUUUUUGGCAAUAUAUCAGUUAAUUAGAUAAAUAUACAUAGCCUAACUGGAAAGUUCAGACCUCAGCAGGUAGUUGGUGAUAACUUUCUUUGGAUUCAGCUUUUGAAAUUUGUCAAAGGAGUAUAUGAUUGCACAUUUUCACUUGUUUUUGUCAACUGGAGUUAGAAUGAAAUGAUGCUUAUGGGAGUCAAAUAGAAAAAAAAAUUUGAGCUUAUCUGUGUGAUUUAUGCUUUUAAAAUAAAUAAAUGUGUUGAGGCCUAAUGUAUUUUUACUUGGCCUAUCUUCUAGGGAACACCUUAAUACUACCUGCAUGGUGGAUUGGCUAUUUUAGGAUCACUGUUUGUAGCUAUUCUUCAUAGACAAAGCUCAUUGAACUACAAGACCCCUGUAUUUUUGUCUGGUCUGUUUUAGUAGUCAUUAUGUAGCCUCAAUCAAUAUAUGCAUGACCAUGGCACCUGGGAUUCAACUGUGGCUUUUAAAUGGGCCCAUUCAUAUCAUAUUUGACAAUAUGAUUACUUUCAUCUAUUAUUAUGAAGGUCAAUUGUUUGAAGGCUUUUUGGCAAGUAUAGAUUUAAAAUUUUUAAAUAAUCGUUUCCUUUGAAAAAUUUAGUAUGCUGAUACAUGUUCAUAUUUAGAGAUACAGAGGCUUUAACUUAGCACAGAUAUAGGCUACUUGCAUGAUAGAAGUUCCUAAAAAGCUCUACCAUGAAUAAUGCAAACAACUUAUACCCCAAUGAUUUGAGCAAAGAACAUGGGCAAAAGGUGCUUUGCUGUGUGCCAUUAUUUCUGUUUCAGAGAAUAAAAGAAACACAGUCAACAUAUAAUAUUCAAAGAUUAUCUACAUCUAGUGUGUUUCUGCCUUACAUGCAUGUAUGUACACAAAAAUACUCACCACAGACAAUAGAAAAUCCUCUUUUGACAACAGGUCCAUUGAAUGUGUAAGAUAGCAUCUUCUAAAGCUUGUGCUAUAGUGUUGAAGGGGAAGAUUGGAAAUCAGCCAGGCAUUUUGGCAUCAUUUUAAUAGCUAACCAGAAAUCAAAGGUAAUAAUCUCCCCCAAAUUUCCAGUAAUAAAUCAGACCUUUUUUUCCCUUGUUUUUGUGAUUCAUUCCAAAUAAUUUAGUACCCAUUCAGAAUGUCUUAGGUCCAUCAGAGAAUAGGGUGUAGUUCUGCUUUAUAAUAGGGAAAUGUAUUUCUAAAAAAACUUCUUUCUUUCAUUAAAUUGGGUCCAUUUAAAAAUUAAUUUUCUCUGUGAAACUGUUUUCAGACUCUAGGUAAUUCUGUUAAUUCAGCUAGACUUAAAUGAUUAUGUUCAUAAAUUUCUGGUUUUUAUUGUUAAUUUCCAUUGGAAGUCAUUGUUAACUUUGUGGAUUUUGGCAAAUUGUCAUGGGUAAAUUAAAAGAAAUUAAGAAAGUUUCCUCAUUGAAGAUUUGAAGGCAAUAUUUUUUCUGCAAAUCUAAAGCAGAUCACAACAUGCUGGCACAUGAUAUUCUUAUUUUAAGACCAGUAAAUGAUUAAUCUUGCAAAUUUAUUCUCAUAUGUAGAGCACAUAAUAUAUGCUAGAUUAAUACUUGUCAAGUUGAAUUAUAGACAAAAAUUUCUUAAUGCAAAUUGGACAUGGAAUUGCAAAGUUUUUGCACAUUUUAGUUUAAAAUGACAGUUACAUAUUGAUUAUUAUGGUAUAUGUAUAUAUACAUUAUGUAUGUGUGUGUAUGUUUGUAUAUACAACACGUGUUUAAAAGGAAGCUAUUUGUGAUUGCUAUUACAUUGCAUAAAUGUGUUUCAAGAGCACUUUAAGCCAAGACAAACUUUCAAAGCAGAUAUUUAUUUUCUAUAACUACUUAAGAAUAUUGGUGUCCUGUGAAAUGAGGCACAAGGGACCAGAUCUCUACCUACCUUCCCUUGUCAUUUUGGAUAAAAAACCUGCAGCAAAUAUUUGCAUGUAUUUCAACUGGGAUAAGACACUGAGAAGAAACUCAUUCAGAAUCUCCAGGCCUCUUCUCCCAGAGUCUUUAAAAUGUAAUGGAAAAAUUGUUGCUGUAUUGCCACGAUGUGGUCCUAGCCGUAUGCAUCUGAACUGAGAUCUGUGAUAUGACCAGUGCUUUGGGGAGUGACAAUGGAGUCACUCUGCAUAUCUGGAAAGAUUACUUGUAUCAUGUGAGCAUCGUUUUAGGGCAAUAUAAUUGAUUUUGAGAUGAUGUUAAACACAUGAUACAGACAUCAAAACUGGAAAAAAAUAAGUAAAAGAAUAUGUGUUUGCAUGAUUUAGGCUUUUCUUCCAAAGAAAGCAAACAAACACAAGAGUGGGCAGAGCUGAUUUCAGAAUUUGUUUCUUUUGAUAUAUAUUUUGCACAUAGUUUGGCAGUUUGCUGUAUAAUAAAUAAUAGAGGGUAGCAUUCACCAAUAACUUUCAUUCAUGUUCCAAGUGAAAGUAUAUUUGUUCUGAUUUCCAGAAAUAAAUAGUACAAAUAGUUUCAACAGGUUCAUUAAUUUGAGUGUUGUAAGCUCUGUUUUAAAGUUUGUAAUGAGACCUUCAGGGUAACUGAAAUAAUUUCCCUUUGCAUUAGGUAAAGUAGUAAUCAUGCAACUUCACAUACUGUUUGAGCUUAUGAUUUCUGAAAAAUUAUAUUAUUCUAGGCAAAAGCUAAACUUGUCAGACUUUUUUAGAGUCUUUGUGAAUUUGUUUAAAUUACUGCCCUUAUAGAAAGAGUUAUGAGAGAGAUUUCCCUCUACCACAAGGAGAGCUCUCAAGAGAACCCAUCCAUAUCCUAAUAUUGGACGUCCGCCUCUGGAACUGUAAGAAAUAAAUUUUUGUGGUUUAAGCCAAAAAAAUGCAUAUGGGUUUUUAUGAUUAUUAAUACAAAGAGAAUGCUGACUCCUGGUAUCCAAAACAUCAAAUGUUUUACUGAAGGUUUCAAUUAAGUGAUAAAAACAUGCCCUUUGAAUUUUUUUUUCUAGAGAUGGAAAGUUGCUUUAUAUGAUUUGUAUAACUAAAGUGGAAAAUUCCUAAAUGUCUACACACACACAUACACACACACACACACACAUAUGGGGCAGGGGAGAUAAAUCUGUGGUAUAUAAUAGUCUUAUAUGCUCAUUUUAAGACUUAGAAAUAAGACAAAUUCACUUUAGUUUUAUGCGUAAUUUGAAUUUACAACCUUAAUAUGAACAUUUAUUAAAUACAGAGUGAGCCUUUUGUGAAAACUGCUUUAGCUUUUCCUGUGCACCACCAUUGCUCCAAUUAAUUAACUAUCUAGGGUCAGAAUAUCAAGGUUGGGCAUGUAUAUUUUCUUGCUCCCUCAUCUGGGUAUCAGAAGACUUUGCCACCCAGUAAAUAAUGUUGAACUUCCACUCAUUACUGACAUGUUUUAAUAGUAGAUGAAAUGUGUUUUUCUUUGUUAUGUGAAUAAGUGUAUUUUGUGCUCUUCAUAUUUGCUGGUUUGCACAAGAGACUAAAUCGUGAUGUGUAUGUGUUGUUGCUUGCAUUGGUAUAUAACCCAUGUAAUUUUAGUGCUUCGACUGGCUUGAAACUUAAAUGACUUUAUAAUAAAUGUGGAGAACCUA